AUGCCCGCUGUCACUCAUCCUGAGCUGGGCUUGGGCGAGCCGCCCUCAGCUGCUCGGUCUUACCACCACGUCUCCCUCUCGAAUUUCUGCACGGGGCUUACCCUGCUCACUAUUCUGAUCAUAAUCCGUCUGGUGGCAUGCCGUGUUUUCGUCUCCGCAACGAGCAAGAAGGACAAGGCCGUUCAGCGACACAGCCUCGUCGUAGAUGAUAUUUCCCAUCUGAUCAACCAGCAACGGCUGCAUCCUCUUUUCGUCCAGGAGGGAGGCUGGGCAAUGGAAGAAAAGUCACGUAAAGUCAACAAUAGCACCCAGGACGCCAGGGUUCGAUCAAAUGAAAAAUCGUAUUCGCAAGUCAACUGCGUGGCCGGCGAUGCGGAUUCGAGGGAAACUAAGAAAAGGGGGAGCGACGCGACGUCGCGGUCCGGCAUGCCCAAAUUAGAAAAGGUUCCAGGGCUGACUUCCGAAGAAUUUGUCCUGUCAGGACCUCCGCCUCCGCCGCCCCUGACACCUCCGGAACUAUCACCCUCCGUCUUCGCCUACGACGAACGGAGGAGGAGCUUCACCAGUGGUGUUUCAGAACUUGACGCGUCCUUCUUCGAACAGCCAAACCCCGACUACAUGUCGUCUACGUCGAUAGGCACCUCGACAGCAACACAGAGGGCGCAUGUUAUGCGAUCCUCUCCGACGCCUCGGAGGAGGUCCUACACCAAGACGUUGCCCAUUGGAGAGCCAGCUCAUUCAACAGGGCCUGUUCUUGACGAGGUCGUUAUGAGCUUCUCUCCGUCGUCAUUCCCACCUACGUCGCCCCUAUUGCCAGGCCCUCCCCCUAUCUACGGCGAGAUCCGCUACGACGAGACCACAAAUCAAGAGAUUUUGGUGCAAGGAGAGAUCAUCUCUAUUCUUGACGAUGCUGGGGUCGGGUGGAAACGUCACACAAGGGUGUACGGAGGCGGCGUUUGCCUUGCUUGCGCAGCAUCCUGUGACGAUGGCCACCAUGGCGGUUUCUACGGCGAGAACGUUUUGCCAGAGGAGAAGCGGUACUAA